UACGAGCGUGAGCCACUCGAACGUGGCAUAACAAUCUGGUGCGGUUUACUAAUUGCGUCAGGCCACGAGCUGAAUUGCACUCAAAUAGUCCAAUGUGUGGUCGCGGCAUAAUGCCUUGGGCGGGCGGCAGCGGGCGAGCCGAGCCCCGCACCUUUCCCCCACUCGCAGGGCAAGGGGGGAUUCAGUCUACCUCCGGACGCCGGGCCUGCUGCUCCCCCCUUCGCCGGUCCUCGCCGCGCUCCCGCGAAAACUGUUAUACUAAAACAUGAAUUAAAACAUACAUCAAAAACUGAAAUAUAAGUUUCGGUGAGUGCCGUUCGCGUUAGUGCUGUGUUAAAUAUUUUUUUUUGUUUUUUUUUUUAUUCAUUUGUUUGAGGAUGGUUUUGUUUCUGUGACGAUUUGAACUAAUACAACUCAGGAUUUUCUUUUUGUUAAAUUAAGAAUGCGGUGGGUCGUCGCAAGCGGCGGGUAGAGGGUCGCGAUGAGCGCGCCGGAGCCGGCCGUGCUGCAAGCGCUGCAGGGCCACACGCAGAACUGCGACAAGUGGCCCGGCCCGCGCGCCUGCAAGAUAUACGUCGCGUCCGUCUACAAUGACUUUCGCGAAGAGAGACGUCAGAUACUGGAGAUGGUGGGGCCGGAACUGCAAGCAACAUACGACGAUCGGUACAUCGAGAUUGAGUUUCUGGACAUGCACUACGGCACCGACGGCGGCGACGAGAACAGCCCGGCGCUGCUGCGGCACCUCCUCGACGAGAUCCGCUGCUGUAACAACACCUCCAAGGCUGGCUACUUCCUCUGUCUCAUUGGCGGCGAUGCAUCGUCCUACCUGCCAGUGAUCCCGUUCACGAUCAAAGAGGACACGUUCGAGCAACUAGUAAAGCCCGGGUCUCCCCAGGCGGCGCUAGUGCAGGCGUGCUACCGGCUCCACGCAGACGGCCUUUAUCACCUGGAAGGAGACGAUAAAUGGUUCAACAACUUGGUGGACCGAGAAGAGCAGCGCGGUCGGCUGGCCGAGGUGCAGAAAGCGUUCAACUCGUUAGCGUUAGAAGCGCACGCUGCCGGCGCUGACGUCACCGACCUUCUGCGCAGUCCUGUCGAGAUCCAAUGCGAAUUAGCUUUAGAUCUUCUAUCAACCGGUAACCAUCCUAAGGGCGUCAUAGCAGUCUUCAGAGACUGUCCGGCGCCGGAGGCGGAUGACUCGAAGAUCGCAGUCCUAGCGCAUUCUAGGUUAAAAGCACUGAAAAGAAAAUUAGAAGAUACUUUACCUGAGAAUCAUAUCAUUAGGCUUGAGUCGUCAUCAGCAGAGUCGUCUCGGACGGACGCUGCAUCCGAUAACGAGGAGAGACUGGCGCCGCUGCGGGAGGCGGUGCAGGUGUGCGUGAGCGCGCUGCUCGACGAGAGUCUCAGCACCGAGCCCGACCAGGGCAAGGGAAGAAAAAAGACUGUCCAGGAAGUUUUCUUGGAACACAUCACUCAUCUUAGAAUAUGUAUAGAACAUAGGCGUCAGUAUAAGGUAAAUGUUAAGCAAAUCGAGGAUGCAGCGAAGAGUAUACUAAGCAACGCAAACGAAAACUACGAAAACCGGACGCGACACCCUCCGGUGUUAAUAUAUGGGCCGGACGCUUCUGGGAAAAGUACUUUAUUGACACAUUUGUAUUACAAAUGCGAGGAAGUUUUUCCCAAACCUGUUCUAAGGAUAAUAAGGUUUUCGGCUUCCACUCCGAGAUCGGCCUACAAUUUGGAACUUUUGAGAGUUAUGUGCCAACAGAUAUCUAUUAUCUUGAACAUUCCGGAAGGCUACUUGCCAAAAGACGCCAGUUUUGAUCCUUUAUAUAUUAAUAAUUGGUUUCAAAGUUUAUUGAGGAGAUGCGAGGACAUGGAGAAUGAGAUUUUGCUUAUAUUUAUUGAUAACGUGCAUAGAGUGAAUCCGCUGGAGUGUGACAUAGUGACAGGGUUGUCAUGGUUACCGAUGUCUUUACCACGGAACGUGUUCCUGGUGUGCACAAGCGCAGUUCCACUCGAGCAGCUGCAGCUGACUCCUGCGCAGAAGGAGAAGUUCAAGGUGCAGCAAUGCUACCAUCUCCUCGAUGCCAUAGCCGAGACCCCAGAGAACAACAGCUACGGAGACUACAUCGACAGUGCCUUUGAUAAAUUAGAAGCCGUCUUCGGAUCUAAAGCCUUUAGUAAAUUAGCAGGUUAUAUAACUUGUUCGGAGUUCGGCCUCACGGAGCUUGAGUUGCUGGAACUCCUAAUGCCAACGAGUAACAGCGACGCGGUUAUUACGCUCAAGGAUGCCAACUUUAACUUUUCUACUUUAUGUGUCGCCAAAUAUAAGAUGAAGCCUCUCAUAGCAGAGAACGUAGUAUCGGGUAGAAGCACGUGGCGCUGGCGUGCCGCGGCGGCCGGGGCGCGCGCGCGCAGGCGCUACGUGCGCGUGCAGAGCGCGCUCAGAGACGCGCACUCCGACCUGGCGGCGCUGCACUUUGCGAAUUUCCUGCAGGAUCCCGACGACACGGAUACUUCAGAAACACAAGAGCCGGGUGUCGCAGAGGACGAUGACGCGCUGCUGGACUCGACGCCAUUCCACUCGGGCAGCCGAACAGCGGCCGCGUUCACGCAGCGACACGUCGAGGAAUCGUGGUUGCAUCUGCUGCUAGCCGGCGACUUCUCAAAGUUGAAGGACCUCACUGUCUGCAAUUUCGACUUCUUGCUGGCUGCGGUGCAAACGGUGACGGUGUCCUAUCUCCGAUGCAUUCUGGAACACGUUCGCUGCUAUAUCCUCGACCGGGACGUAGAACUCGUCUACGGCGCGGUUAAGAAGUCAAGCGACAUCCUUACUCGCGAUCCCAUGCAGCUAGGAGCCCAGAUCAUAGCGUGGCUGCGGCCGGCGGUUGCGCGGCGCGGCGUGCUAGCGACGCUCGUCACGGCCGCGAUGGCCUGGUGCGACGGAUAUGACAAGCCGCUGCUCGUCCCACUCAACGGAUGGCUCCAACCGCCAAUAGCGUCGACGGUGCGGGUGUUGUCCGUGGGGGCGGCGAGCCCCGGCGCGGGCGCGCGGCUGCUGCAACUGGCACCUUCCGGACAACAUCUGGUGUUGGCGCCCGCCGCCGGCGACCCGCAGCUGUGGCACGUCAUGUCCAACUCUAAAGUACAUACGUUUAAAGGUCACUCGGGCAGGAUCCUUUGCAUGUGCGUCACGAGGGAGUCGCAGUACCUACUGACGGGCUCCGAAGACACCAGCGUCAUUGUCUGGGACCUUCACACGCUGGCGGUGAAGGCCAAAAUGACGGAACACAUUGCACCUGUACUGUGCGUGGCGGCUGUCGUGAAUCGCUCGCUGGUGAUCAGCGGCGGGGAGGACUCGGCUGUCAUCGUUGCGUCUCUGGUUGACGGCUCACUUGUGACAAAACUUGACCACCACCGGGGCUCUGUCACGGGCGUGAAGGUCCUCCAAGACGGCGAGAUCGUGGUGACAUGCUCGCAAGACGGGACAGUCUGCACGUGGAACGUAGAUAACUUCACGUUGCUCAGCACCGUCACGGCUGGCAUGCCCGUGCACGCUAUGGAGAUCACGGAUGACAACGUGUUCCUCGUCACCCUGCAGGGAGAAAACGAACUGCAUGUCCGGACGUUCAUCACUGGGACGUACCUGCAUAUGUUGAAGAGACAUAAAACUAAGUUAAAGUGUUUCUGCGUGGCGCAUGACUCGUCGCGCGCGGCGGUGGGCUGCUCGGACCAGCGCAUCUACGUGUACAGUUUACACACGGCGCAACUCCUGCGCACGAUCGCCGUAGCCCAUGAUCUGUCAGCGCUGGCGGUUGCGGACAGGGAUCACUUCCUAUUGGCUGCUGGUGGAAACAGAGUGACAAUAUACUCAUUUCACACAGAAGACAAUUUAACAAAUUUUCGGCCGACGAAACAACUAAAACGACGACAGACGAAAUCAAAAACUAACAUCAGCUUAUUACAAGCAGAACAGAGUGAGUUGAUACCGAUCAGCUGCCUGGAAGUGUCCCGAGACGGUCAGCUGGCAGCGAGCGGGUGCGCGCGGGGCCUCGUGCGCGUCUGGCAGCUCUCCACCCACCGGCUGCAGGCCACGCUCAACGGCCACAUGGGCCACGUGACCUGUGUCACGUUCUCGCUCAACAACCUGCUGGUGCUGAGCGGCUCUGAGGACAGGACGGUAGUCGUUUGGCAGCUGGCGGACAACUCCCCUACGUUGACCUAUAAGGGUCACUCAGCCGCUCUGCAGUCCUUGCUGAUGAUGUCGGACAACCGGCGCGCGAUGUCCGGCGACCGGGCCCGGAAUGUGCACGUGUGGCUAGUUGAUUCCGGCAUCGUUCUACAUUCCACCACCGGACCCUCGGCGAGUCUUGAGGUCACUCUCAAUAUGAAGUUUGCUGUGCUGUCGGAUGGUGAUAACUCAGUCCGCAUUUGGGCGCUGACGGGCGGUGAGGGCAGCGACGAACGGCGCACAGUCUCCCACGCUGAGCGGGUCACAUGCUUCGCGGUCACCGCGGACCUGCAACACGUUGUUACCGGCUCCAUGGAUAUGUCGCUUAAAGUGUGGAAGCUGGAUGGCGGGAAACUCUCCCAGGUCCUAGUCGGUCACUCGGACAUCGUGACCUGCGUAGCAGUUGCCAUCACGAACAAGACACAAGUAGUGUCCGGUUCGUGGGACUGCAACCUCAUAGUGUGGGAUAUGAACACCGGGUCCGAUCUGCACCUGCUGUCCGGACAUUUGGGCAAAGUCACGUGCGUCAAGGUCACCGGUGAUGGCUCUAUCGCAGUUUCUAGUGCGGAAGACAAAACGUUGAUAAUCUGGGAGACAAAGCGCGGGCUCGCUCUCACGUCCCUCGCUCUGCACGUUCCUGUCCUUGGGUUGCAGAUCACAAGCGACUGCUCUCGUAUCGUCAUACACCUUCUAGAUAGAGGUUGUCUCCCGAUUAUUUGUCUGCAUAACACACCGGCAACGUACGUGAAGAUUCCUACGUAUGCAGCCCCAACGAAGAAUACCGAUGAAUUAAGACCAUUGGCUCCAAAGCGGCCGAUGAGAAGACUGCUCAAGAAAGAGGUUUCUUUAGACACCUACACGUGGCAGAAAAAGUACGGUCACCUCACGUCGGCGGCCAUGAUGGCGCAAGUAGACGAGCGACUCAAACGAAGGUUUUCCGUAUCCGCUUCCAUGGAGGAAAUCUCAAAAAUACAAGAAGCGAAAAACAAAGACUUGGGCUCACAGGUAAGCCUAGGGCCUGAGGAGGCGGCGAUCGCACAGUCGCAGCACUUCGAUCAACUCGAGGCACUUUGGAAUAAGGUGUCUCCGCCGCGACGGCGCUCGAACAAGUCAUUAUCAAAACAGAGCUCCCUGAUAGAGAGGUUAGACUCUUCCGACGAAGAACACACGCCUGUUGAAGAGCAAGGUUAG